AAUAUAAAUAUUAAGAAAAUGUUGACACCAAUGUUGUUGAUCAGUUGGUUGAAUUAUUAAUAGCUCAUAAUAGCCAAAAAAGUCCAGGAAAAGUUAAAACUGUGACGUCAUUUCCGGCUAGAAAUGGCGACUGAGAUUUGUGUUACUUGUCUCUCUCUCUUUCUCUUUCUCUCUCAUGCAUUAAUUAAAUAAACAAACAGAAAAAAAAAAAACUGUUCAAUAAUCAGCUGAUAUUUGUUUGACUGGUGUGUUGUAUAUGUGUACAACAACAACAAGCAACAACAAGUCAAGUUGAUGCUGAAUGACAGACAAUAGUUUGAUUGUGAAUGUCCUCCAAGUGUAUCAAAGUUAUGACUUGUAUUUCUAUCUUGCUCUCUAAUCUAUAAUCAAAAAUAAACAUAAUUUAAUUUAAAUUUAAAUAUAAUUAAUAAGAAAUAUGAAAAUUUUUAUUUUUACAAUUAUUAUUAUUUUACUAUUUAUCAUUGAUAAUGUCCAGUUAUGGCAUUUCAAAGGAAAACAAAAAUCACCAGUUAUAUUUGUUCCAGGAGAUGGUGGAAGUCAAGUAGAGGCUAAAAUAAAUAAAACAACAGUACCUCAUUAUCUUUGUGAAAAAACAUCAACUGAUUAUUUUAAUAUUUGGCUGAACCUUGAACUUCUUGUUCCAAUAAUAAUCGAUUGUUUUAUUGAUAAUAUGAAAUUAACAUAUAAUAAUGUAACAAGAACAACAAAAAAUACUGCUGGUGUUGAUAUUAAAAUACCAGGUUGGGGUGAUCCAUUUGUUGUUGAAUAUUUAGAUCCAAGUAAAGCAUCACCUGGUUCAUAUUUUAGAUAUAUUGGUGAUAUGCUGGUCAAUGAUUUGGGAUAUGUAAGAAAUUUAUCACUACGUGGGGCACCUUAUGACUUUAGAAAAGCACCAAAUGAAAAUGCAGAAUUUUUCAUUAAACUCAAGGCACUUGUUGAAGAAACAUAUUCUAUGAAUAAUAAUGAGCCAGUUACACUUAUUGCUCACAGCAUGGGUGGACCAAUGUGUCUAUUAUUUCUUCAACAACAAACAACAGCAUGGAAAAAUAAAUAUAUAAAUUCAUUAAUAACACUUGCUGCUGUUUGGGGUGGUUCUGUUAAAGCAAUUAAAGUAUUUGCAAUUGGUGAUGAUUUAGGUACUUAUGUACUUCGUGAAAGAACAUUAAAAGAUCAACAAAUAACAAGUCCAAGUUUAGGAUGGCUUUUACCAUCAAAAUAUUUUUGGAAAAAUACUGAAGUACUUGUUGAAACAGCAACAAAAAAUUAUACACUUCUUGAUCUUCAAGAUUAUUUCAUAAAUAUUAACGUACCAAAUGCCUGGGAAUUUAGAAAAGAUACUGAAAAAUAUCAAGCUGAUUAUUCAGCACCUGGUGUUGAAAUCCAUUGUCUACAUGGAAUUGCUGUGAACACAGUUGAAAAAUUGUACUACAAACCAGGUGUUACAAUUGAUGGAUAUCCUCAACUUAUUAACGGUGAUGGUGAUGGUACUGUUAAUAAAAGAAGUCUUGAGGGUUGUCUACACUGGAAAGAUCAACAAAAACAAAAAAUAUAUCAUCAACCAUUUCCAAAUACAAAUCACAUGGAAAUUUUACGUAAUCCAAAUGUUUUGCAGUACAUUAAAUCUGUCUUGAGUGCUAAUUAGAUUUAUUUUUUAUUUUUUUUUAUUUGCCAUGAGAUAUUAUUUAUUACGUUAUCUUCUUUCUUGCUGAAAACAAUAAUUUUACAUUUUUUUUUACAUUCAUUUACAGUGAGAAACAAUUUUUUAUUUAUAAUAUUAUUCACUUUAUAAUUUUCAUAGUUUAAUUUUUUUAUUUUAAAAAAUCUGUCUUACGUUUUGUGUAAAUAAAUAAUUAAAUAUAAUAGAAAACAAAUAAGUGCUAAGACAGUCCAAUAAUAAUAUCUCUUCCUUUGACAUUUGUCAAUAAAUCAUUCAUUAUAAUGAACAAUUUUUUUUCUUCCAUUGUGAUAAUAAUAAAUAAAAAUAAUUAACA